UGCGGACCUGGCUUCUGGAAGGAAGGGUGCUUACAAUCAGAGCUGAUUCAGUUCCACCUGAAUAAAAGCUUGGGGAAGAAAGGAACAAAGAUGCAGGCCAAGCCAGCAUCUCCCCCUGCCUCGGAGUUGUCCCCAGAGCGUGUACCCCUGCAACUAACACCUCAGAAGGACCAGACACUACUGGAGGAGGUGGAACGGCUGGAGGAUGAAAACGAUGAUCUUAAGACUGAAAUUGAGGAGAUGCGAGCAGAGAUGGAUGAGAUGCGGGACACCUUCUAUGAGGAAGAUGCCUGCCAGCUGCAUGACAUGCGCAGAGAGCUGGAGAGAGCAAACAAGAACUGUCGAAUACUCCAAUAUCGCUUGAAGAAGGCAGAGAGAAAAAGGCUCCGCUUUACAGAGAGUGGCCAAGUAGAUGGAGAGAUGCUCAGAAGUCUUGAGCAAGACCUGAAGGUGGCAAAGGAUGUUUCUGUGCGUUUGCACCAUGAGUUGGAAAACGUAGAGGAGAAGAGAACAAGGACUGAAGAGGAGAAUGAGAAAUUGAGGCAGCAAUUAAUAGAAGUGGAAGUCACUAAGCAAGCUCUUCAAAAUGAGCUAGAAAAAGCCAAAGAGCUCUCAUUGAAAAGAAAAGGAAGUAAGGAUCUCCAAAAAGAAAGAAAGACUCAGCAUACCCCAAUUGAGGAAGAAAAUGACGAUCUGAAGUGCCAGCUGGCGUUUAUCAAAGAAGAGGCUGUCCUAAUGAGGAAAAAGAUGGCAAAGAUAGACAAAGAAAAGGACCGUCUGGAGCAGGAGCUGCAGAAGUACCGCUCCUUCUAUGGGGACGUGGACAGCCCCUUGCCCAAAGGUGAAGCCGGGGGUCCCCCCACUACACGUGAAUCUGAGCUGAAGCUCCGUUUGCGCCUGGUUGAGGAGGAAGCCAACAUCCUGGGGAGGAAGAUUGUAGAGUUAGAGGUGGAGAACAGGGGACUGAAGGCUGAAUUGGACGACAUGAGAGAGGACAGUCUUGUGGCUGCAGGAAUGGAUGGUGAUGGGCGUGGAGGUCAGCAGUGCAGAGAGCAGGGUGAGGCACUGUCUGAGCUGAGGCAGCAGCUGCAGCUAGUGGAGGAUGAAGCAGAACUACUGCGCAGGAAUUUAGCAGAUGUGGAGGAAGAAAACAAAAAGGUGACAAAUGAACUGAACAAACUCAAGUACAAGGCGGGGUCUCAUGAAGCAGGCUUGAGACACUCAGGAGGAAGUGACCCUGCUAAAAUGGAGGCCCUCCAGGAGGAGCUAAAAACAGCCCGUCUGCAGAUCAAUGAACUGAGCGGCAAAGUGAUGCAGCUCCAGUAUGAGAAUCGUGUACUGCUCUCUAACAUGCAGCGCUAUGAUUUGGCUUCACACCUGGGCAUACGAGCAAGCCCACGGGACAGUGACGCCGAGAGUGACGGAGGGCGGGACGAUGAUACCCCCUCAGCCUCAGCCUCUUCACCUCGCCUCCUGCCGCCCCACCGUAAACGGGAGGGCCCUAUUGGAGGCGAGAGUGACUCGGACGAGGUGAGGAACAUCCGCUGCCUUACUCCGACACGCUCUCUCUACUCACCUGUGGAGAGCCGUUUUUUAUCUAGAAGCCUGAAGGACCGGCAGCAGAUGAUAGACAUCCGAAUCGAAGCCGAAAGGCUGGGCCGGACCAUCGACAGGCUUAUUGCUGAUACAAGUACCAUUAUUGCUGAGGCUCGGAUUUAUGUCACCAAUGGUGAACUUUUUUCUAGGCUAGAUGAUGAAGACGAAGGUGGCAGAAUCCGAGAACAUGAGCUGCUAUAUCGCAUCAAUGCGCAGAUGAAAGCUUUCAGAAAAGAGCUGCAAGGUUUCAUUGACCGGUUGGAUGUUCCUAAACAAGAUGACAAACAACCAGAAGAACCUCUAUCUGUAAGUCAGAUGUUUCAGCCAAUUAUUUUGCUGAUCCUCAUUCUUGUUCUGUUUUCCUCUCUCUCUUAUGCCACAAUUUUUAAACUUGUGUUUCUUUUCACUCUUUUCUUUGUUCUGUAG